UUUGUUGGUUAAUUUCGAUCCACAAAGCCAAUUCACUCACCUUGUCAUCUAUCUCUCUCUCUCUCUCUCUGUAUCCACACUCUUACAUUUAUAGUUUUGAUCUUGGAACACAAUAAUCAAAACCUUGAUCUAUAUUCUAAAAAACAAGCUGCCAUGGAAGCUCUAGCUUCCUCGUUUUCUUCAUUUCAAUUCACAACAAUCCCAACAAGAGUACCCAGAAUCCAACUUGACAAACCCAUGUUGAAUCAUCUUCCAUCAUCCAAUCAACGACUAUCCAAUUCAUCUCUCUCCUCAAUCCACAAGAACAAAGCGGAAUUCAGGCUUUUUACAGCUACAUCUUCUUCUUCGACUGUUUCAACUGAAUUCGCCGACCCAACUGAAGAACAAGUUGAAAUUGACAGCCAAGGAGAGAAAUUCGACUGGUAUGCACAGUGGUAUCCGGUUAUGCCGGUCUGUGAUCUUGACAAGAGGGUCCCUCACGCAAAGAAAGUGAUGGGUCUCGAUGUAGUGGUGUGGUGGGAUAGGAAUGAGAGUGCAUGGAAGGUGUUUGAUGAUAUGUGCCCUCAUAGGUUGGCUCCAUUAUCUGAAGGAAGGAUUGAUCAGUGGGGGAGAUUGCAAUGUGUGUAUCAUGGUUGGUGUUUCAAUGGCUCUGGUGAUUGCAAAUUCAUUCCUCAGGCACCCCCAGAUGGUCCUCCUGUUCACACAUUCAAGAAAGCAUGUGUAGCUGCUUAUCCAAGUACAGUUCAAAAUGACAUCGUUUGGUUUUGGCCAAACUCUGAUCCUCAAUACAAAGAUAUCCUCUCAAAGAACAAACCCCCAUAUAUACCAGAACUGGAUGACCCAUCAUAUACCAGGUUGAUGGGAAAUAGAGAGAUACCAUAUGGGUAUGAGGUUUUGAUUGAAAAUCUUAUGGACCCAGCUCAUGUUCCAUAUGCACAUUAUGGAAUAAUGCAAACUCCACGACGAAAGAACAGUGUUAAGGCUGAUAGAGAAGGGGGGCGACCACUGGAAAUAAGUGUAAAGAACCUAGACAUCAAUGGUUUCUUUGCAAGACAGGAAUGGGGUCAUAGCAAAUUUGUCGCACCUUGUAUUUUUAGUGCAUUUACCCCUCUUGUGGCUGAUCAAACUAAUGGAUCCGUGUCAUCAGCUGGAACCAAAGAGGAGCCAUCGUCAAAUGUGCCACAACGAAGAUUUCUUCUAAUUUUUAUCUGCAUUCCAGUUAGUCCGGGUAAUAGCAGAUUGAUAUGGACCUUUCCUAGAAAUGUUGGAGUUUGGAUUGAUCGAGUUGUUCCACGAUGGAUGUUCCAUGUGGGUCAAAACUUAAUUCUAGAUUCGGAUUUGUAUCUUCUUCAUUUGGAGGAACGAAAGAUAAUGGACAUUGGCCCUUCCAAUUGGCAAAAGGCUUGUUUUGUUCCGACAAAGUCAGAUGCCCUAGUCGUUAGUUUUAGAAGGUGGUUAAACAAGUAUGCAGGUGGUCAAGUUGAUUGGGGAACCAAGUUCAGCGGAGCCCUUCCUCCUACUCCUCCUAGAGAACAGCUAUUGGACAGGUAUUGGUCCCAUGUGGUGAAUUGCCGCAGUUGCAAUGUCGCAUAUAAAGGUCUCAACGUGCUUGAGGUCGUGCUGCAAGUCAUGUCCAUUGCUUCUAUUGGGGUUGUUGCUGCAGCUAAGCAGAAUAUGCUAUCAGCAGCUGCAAGGAAUACUCUCAUCUUCUUCGCAGUGCUAAGCUUUGUGGCUUCGAGGUGGUUGGCUCACUUUGUCUACAAAAAUUUCCGUUACCAUGACUACAACCAUGCCCUACGCUGAGUCUUAUGUUUCAGUCACAUAGUUGGAACUCUUUUAACUUUAUGAAUCUUUUCGCUUCUGUAUGAAGGAAGUUCUCUGUCUGUCUUGCUGAAAGAAGGUAAUGUAAACAUAAUGACAGUUAUCUGUUCACACACUUAUAAUAAGAUCAAUACACACUUAUAGUUUAUGUCACAAACAUAUUGAGGAACUACCAAUUGGUGAGUUCUUGUUAAGUUAAUUUGUCAGCUUGCUGCUC